ACCUUCAUUUCCAGUCCUACAUCAAUCGAAUAGGGUUUACCCUUUCAACAGCCAAACCCUCCAAAAAUCCUCUUUUCAAAACAGUGAACCUCAGAAAUCCCGCUGAAAGAGAAAGGGGAGGAGAGCGCCACGAUGUCUGGCUUCUCUUCCUCAUCCUCUUCAUCUCCCUUCUCAUUGGAAUCCUCCGCUUCUUCAUUUGGAUCUGCAACCACUGGUGCCAGAUUCCAUUUCGGAUCUUCCCCUUCCCCAUCCUCUUCUGCAAACCCUAGCUCCUCAUCCUCUUCUUCCUCUUCCACCUCAUUAUCGUUUGCAUUCAACACCUCGUCAAGCUCUAACCCUAGCUCAGCUCCUCCCGUUUCUUCAUUUGGUUUCGGACUCUCUACCUCUUCAUCCUCCUCCGCUUCUUCUGCCUCUUUAUUGUUCUCCUUUGGUUCAUCUCCUGCUGCCACCAGUUCCGUCCCAUCCCUAUUUGGCUCUGCGUCUGGUUCCACCUCAUCGCCGUUUGGGCAAGCUGAUUCCUCUGCAAUUUCUGGUUCAAACAAUUUUGGGGCUGUUUCAUCCUCUACUACUUCUCCUUCUCCCUUGUUUGGGACUGUUUCUUCUGCGGCUAGUUCUGCCUCGCCUCUGUUUGGUGCAGUGUCAACGGCGGCCUCAAGUGCCGGCUCGUCCUUGUUUGGGGGAACUACGUCUUUACCAUUGUUUGGAGCAACCUCGUCUCCCAUAUUUGGAACAACUUCAUCAGUAGCAAGUUCUGCUUCUACUUCGUCUGUGGCAAGUUCUUCGCCUCCGUUUGGUACAACUUCGUCUGUAGCGAGUUCUCCCUUACCCCUGUUUAGCACAACUUCGUCUGCGGCAAAUUCUACCCCAUCUUUGUUCGGAACAACUUCGCCUGCGGCAAGUUCUACCCCAUCUUUAUUCGCAACAACUUCGUCUGCGGCAAGUUCUACCCCAUCUUUGUUCCCAACAACUUCGUCUGCGGCCAGUUCUGGACCAUUCCCGUUUGGUACAUCCUCCUCCGCUGCAAGUUCAGGUUCAUUACUUUUUGGGACGUCUUCAUCCACUACAAAUUCUGGGCCGUCCCUGUUUGGGUCAUCUGGUGCUUCAGCUGCCACUACUACAUCUAACUUGUUUGCCUCGUCUACAUCAGCUUCAACUACUACAUUCUCGUCUAAUUUGUUCUCUUCAAUUUCCUCUUCGAAUUCAAGCUUCGCUUUGCCUUUCUCCACCGCUUCAUCAGGAUUUUCCUUACCAAAAACCACUCCAAGUUCAACACCAACUACUGCAUCUACAGCGGCUCCUUCGACACAAACUUCAUCAGCAAGCACUUCAGGCUUCUCAUUUGGGACACCGUCUUCUGCAUCUUCAGCAAGCGCUUCUACCAUUUCAUUUGGGACACCAUCUUCCGCAUCGUCUCAGUCUUCCUUCAGCUUUAGCAAUGCAGCUUCUUCAUCUGCCCCUACUGUCUCCACCACACUUGCUGCAAAACCAACAUCUCUAUCGCCAUUGUUUUCUACAGUCACGACCACAAGUGCUUUUACUCCAGCUGCUGGUAUUUCAGUGGCUUCUUCUGCUACAGCUUCAACGCUUACUUUACCUGCAUCUGGUGUGAGUUCUUCUUCUUCUGCUACUUCAGCUACCACAGCUGCUUCUUCUGGGACUACAAGUUCCUUUACUGGUUUUGGAGUGUCCGCUACAGCAGCUUCAUCGGGGAGUACUAGUUCGUACACAGGAUUUUCCUUAUCAACCAAACCAUCAGUACCAGUGACAACAUCACAAGCUCAAUCAACGAUUGCUGCAUCCUUAUUCAGUGCCCCUACUUCUACUUCUGCAGCUGCAACAACUUCCAUUUCCAGUACUACCACAUCUCAGAUGACACUUUCUCUUGCUGUGCCUUCCAGCAGUGGGACAAGUUCAAGUGUUACCACUGCUGUAUCUGCUACACCAAAAUUGCCAUCUGAGAUUACAGGCAAGACCGUUGAGGAGAUAAUCAAAGAGUGGAAUGCUGAGCUUCAAGAGCGUACUGGGAAAUUUCGGAAGCAAGCUGCUGCAAUAGCUGAAUGGGAUAAGAGAAUCUUGCACAAUCGUGAUGUUCUUCUUAGGCUUGAGAUUGAGGUGGCAAAAGUGGUUGAGACACAAGCUAACUUGGAACGGCAAUUGGAGUUAAUUGAGACCCAUCAACAGGAGGUUGAUAAGGCUUUGCAGAGUAUGGAAGAGGAAGCUGAACGUAUUUACAAGGAUGAGCGUGGGUUGCUUCUUGAUGAUGAAGCUGCAUCAACUCGAGAUGCAAUGUAUGAGCAAGCUGAGCUUAUAGGGAGGGAACUAGAGCAGAUGACUGAACAGAUAAAAUCUGUUAUUGACACCCUGAACUCCAGCCAGGGUGGUGAUCUGGACACAAUUGAUAGGAUGACUCCAUUGGAUGUGGUUGUCCGAAUCUUGAACAAUCAACUAAGUUCUUUGAUGUGGAUUGAUGAGAAGGCUGAGGAAUUUUCUUCACGCAUUCAGAAGCUUGCCACUCAAGGUACUGCAGCAGAUCGCGAGCUGAUGGGUCCAAAAUAUUGGAUGUCUUGAUCGUGGGUUUAUAUACUCGUGUCUUCACAGAUUUGAAGAUUAUGCCAAGUUGAGUUAAUUGUGAAAUCAGAAAAGAGCUAUGGCAAUUUACCCAAAAAAGAAAAGAAGAAAAUGAUUAGUUGAACCUUGUUUCAUUUGACUUUUUAUUCGUACAUUAAGAAAAGAGAUGAACUAUGGUGCAUAAGAAUGAUGUUCCUUGAUAAGAAUGGCUAUCCUGACAUUUUCAGUA